AUGUGGGAUGCUAAAACGAAUUUGAAGAACAUUAUCGUAUUCCUAAAUACCAAAAAUGGGUAUGGCGAGAAAUUGGCGGACAUCGCCGGGAAGCUGCUCAACGAGAUGGCGAGAGCCGAUCAAAUCGUCCAGCUUCCAUUCUUCCAUUGCCAUAUGUGCUCGCCGAUGGAUCGAUACGAAUUGACAUACACGAUAGCGAAAUUGAUGACGAUUUCGAAAAAUCACGCGGACAUGCGCGAGUUGUUCAGCGAAAUUCUCGAACGCCUUCACGAUGAGCCGAUAUUCAUCGGCGAAAUUGAGCUAUGGAAGGAGCUGAUCGAGGAGCUGACGACGGUGAUGGAACGCAUUUCUAAAUAA